AUGUAUGUUAAGUAUGCCAAGGAGUGUGGGUUUUCAGUCAGGAAAGGGACUACAAAGACAAACUCUAAAGGUGUCUUACAUAUUAAGUAUUUCUUGUGUACGAGAGCUGGGGUAUAUAAGGACAAGAAGGUUGAUACGUUGGACCCCAAUCAAAAGGAGCGAGUAGUGCGAUCUAACUUUUCAAAGAGGACUGAUUGUGGUGCACUGUUAUGUGUAGAAUUUGAGGAUGGAUUUUGGAAGGUGUAUAAGUUUGUCAAGGAGCACAAUCAUGAACUUGUUGAACGUCCUGAUAAACAUUUUCUUCCAACUAAACGACACCUCACUCAGCUCCAGAAGCAUGUUAUACACAGCAUGUCUAAGCUGAAUUUGGGUCCUGUCAAGGCGUUUAAUGUUAUGAAGACUUGUUUUGGCGGUUUUGAAGAUGUGGGCACAAGCAAACCUAAUUUCUCGUAUGUUUACAUCACAGACGAAGAGAAUCGUUUGAAGGGUCAUUUUUGGUGUAACGAUCAAGCCAAACGUAAUUACCACGUGUUUGGUGAUGUGAUUUCGUUUGACGCCACGCAUCGUUCCAACAAAUACUCUAUGGUGUUUGUACCGUUCACGGGUAUAGACAAUCAUCACUUCAAUGUUACAUUUGGUGCAGCAUUGUUGGCGUCGGAAACUGCUGAUACUUUUGUCACUGACCAAGAUCCAGCGAUGAAGAAGGCUAUUUCUGUUGUAUUUGUUGACACGAGGCAUCGGUUAUGCAUGUGGCAUGUGAUGCAUAAACUUUCUCUGAAGGUUGGUGUUAGGCUAUGCAAUUCCAUCAAUUUUAAAGAACGUAUCUAUGGUGUUGUGUGGACGGAUAUUCUCACACCUGAAGAGUUUGAAUCAGAAUGGGAAGUGGUUAUUGCAGAAUUCAAUUUAGAAGAUAAUGACUGGCUAUCUGAUAUUUUUGCACUUAGGGAAUCUUGGAUCCCUGCAUACUAUAGAAUGGAGCAUAUGUCUGGUCUUAUGCGAACGACAUCCAGACAAACAUUCUAUGCAUGGCGUUAUAGAGAUAUUGUUUUUGGCAUUUUUCAGAUUGUUGCUCCUCCCGCUAGUUCUAGGGGUAGAUUUGCCGAGAUAACUGGUCAAUAUAAAAACGACAAGAAUCCUAUAAGAGUCCCUGUAGGUUAUAAAUCAAAAGGUUCUGGUUCUCGGAAGCGCCUGAAAUCUAAACAGGAGAUAGCAGUCGACAAAAAGAAAUCAAAGCCGAAACCCGGGGCCAAAGAAAGACAGUGUCAGAACUGCAAAGCCUAUGGGCACUACGCAUCAACAUGCAAACAGGCCGUAAUUAAAAGAAGAUCGACAAGGUCUUCGAGAGCCAGUGAAGAGUAG